AUGGCAGUCACUGGCAAGCGCGGCGUGGGCAUCCCGACCAUCCUUCUGCACGAUGGUGAAGGCACGAUCGUGUCCAUUGAGAUGAAGACUGGAGAGACGUACCGUGGAUUGCUGGAUGAGACCGAAGACAAUAUGAACUGCGUCAUGAAGGAAGCCGUCCGCACUGAUAUCAAUGGCAACACGACUCAAGUGGAGCAAAUUUAUCUACGUGGCAGCCAGAUCCUCUUUAUCGUGUUUCCCGAUAUAUAUCCUUUCCACAUUAUUGAUCAAUGCGUUUGUCUUUAUUUUUGCAUAUAUUGCAAUAUUUGCAUUUAA